AAGUGUCAUAGAGUGGGCGGGGCAUCUCGAUCGGGGAUGAGCUUUAAACAUGAGAGCAUAACCUUAGGGUUGUGUUCUCUAUCAUAACAGUCCGUUUCGAUCUCUAAAAGCGCUUCCAGCUGCGGGGGUGUAUGAGGAGCAUCAGAGUAAAGAGUUUUACCUCGAUCAGGUAGCGAAGGAGGUGAAAGUAGGAGUGGAAGAGGGGGGGCUGUGGUUGGAUUUAGUGAAAGAAAACAAUAUGGCCGCGGUGGAGCUGGAAUGGAUCCCUGAGACCCUGUACAACACCGCUAUCUCAGCCGUGGUCGACAACUACGGCCGAUCGCGACGGGACAUCCGCUCUCUGCCUGAAAAUAUACAGUUUGAUGUGUACUACAAGCUUUACCAGCAAGGCCGGCUCUGCCAGCUGGGAGGGGAGUUCUGUGAGCUGGAGGUCUUCGCUAAAGUCCUCAGGGCCUCUGACAAAAGGCACCUCCUACACCACUGCUUCCAGGCUCUGAUGGACCACGGUGUAAAGGUCGCUUCAGUCCUGGCCAACUCUUUCAGUCGCCGAUGUUCAUACAUCGCAGAGUCAGAUGCGCAUGUGAAAGAGAAAGCUAUACAGUUUGGCUUUGUUUUAGGUGGCUUUUUAUCAGAUGCCGGCUGGUAUGGAGAUGCAGAGAAAGUCUUUCUGUCUUGUCUCCAGCUGUGCACAUUACACGAUGAGGUUCUUCACUGGUAUCGUGCAGUGGAGUGUUGUGUGAGGUUACUUCAUGUGCGUAAUGGCAACUGCAAAUACCACCUGGGAGAAGAAACUUUCAAACUGGCCCAGUCUUACAUGGACAAACUAGCCAAACAUGGCCAUCAGGCUAAUAAGGCUGCCCUGUAUGGAGAACUGUGUGCCCUACUCUUUGCCAAAAGCCACUAUGAUGAGGCUUAUAGGUGGUGUAUAGAGGCUAUGAGGGAGAUCACAGUUGGCUUACCUGUGAAAGUAGUAGUUGAUGUUCUCAGACAAGCCUCUAAGGCAUGUGUUGUUAAGCGGGAGUUUAGGAAAGCUGAACAACUGAUAAAACAUGCAGUCUUCUUGGCGCGGGAACAUUUUGGGCACAAGCACCCAAAAUACUCAGAUACACUACUAGAUUAUGGAUUUUAUCUAUUAAAUGUGGAUAAUAUCUGUCAAUCAGUGGCCAUUUACCAGACUGCACUAGAUAUUCGGCAGUCAGUGUUUGGAGGAAAGAAUAUUCAUGUUGCAACUGCACAUGAGGACCUGGCGUAUUCGUCCUACGUCCAUCAGUACAGCUCUGGUAAAUUCGACAAUGCACUAUUCCACGCAGAACGUGCCAUAGACAUCAUAACUCACAUUCUCCCUGAAGACCAUCUGCUGCUGGCCUCGUCCAAGAGGGUGAAAGCCCUUAUUCUGGAGGAGAUCGCCAUUGAUUGCCAUAACAAAGAAACGGAGGAACGCCUCCUGCAGGAGGCCCAUGAUCUGCACCUCUCCUCCCUGCAGUUGGCCAAAAAAGCUUUCGGAGAGUUCAACGUUCAGACGGCAAAACACUACGGGAACCUGGGCCGCCUCUACCAAUCCAUGCGCAAAUUCAAGGAGGCAGAGGAGAUGCACAUCAAGGCCAUUCAGAUCAAGGAGCAGCUGUUGGGACAGGAGGACUAUGAGGUGGCUCUGUCAGUGGGACACUUGGCCUCGCUCUACAACUACGACAUGAAUCAGUACGAUGACGCAGAGCGUCUGUACUUGCGUUCCAUCGCUAUUGGCAAGAAGCUGUUUGGGGAGGGUUACAGUGGACUGGAAUAUGACUACAGAGGCCUGAUAAAACUGUACAACUCAGUUGGAAACUACGAGAAGGUCUUUGAGUACCACAAUAUUCUGUCCAACUGGAACCGUUUAAGGGACAGGCAGUUUGCGGUAGCCGAUGCGCUGGAGGAUGUCAACACGAGCCCCCAGGCCACAGAGCAGGUGGUGCAGUCUUUCCUGCUUUCCCAGAGCCACGGAGCCGGGCGUCCCUGCUUGGGCUAACGGCCGGGAAGCCCACCUGAAACAUAGAUGUGCACACCCACCCCCAUUUCACACCCUCACAUCCAUUUAUUCACAAGUAAUCCAGAUGGGCGGGGAGUGUGAUUAUUAUCCUGAGUUUCUCAAGGACUGUCAGUACACUUGUACCAGCAACUCCCCAAAACCAUUUCCUUAAAAUGGGAGAAAAACCAUGACAUAUUUGCGACCAUGCUAACACUCAUGAUGGAUAAGCAACCAUUCAUCGAAUUCAUUCACUCUCCUUUGAAGAACCCGACCAUUGAGUUGAAUAAAAAAACAGCGCAGUCUGACAAAGACGGAAAACUUCCACACCCUCUAUUCUUUUUUAAAUUUUAUUUUGUAUUUGAAGGAGAGUCGGUCCACACUACAGGAAUACUUUGUUUAUCACCGCUUUGUCUAUGUGUGGAGGAAAUUGCUCUGCGCAGCUCCCACAGAACGAGAUUCGGCAUCGUUCAUAUAACCGAGUGAAGGAACAUCCGUAGACAUCCGUGUCCCCAUUAACACGAGGAUUAGAGCUCGACUUCAUAUAAUGCAAAGCUUUGCAUUUGAGGAUUACCUGUGUGCUCUCUGGAAAAUGAGACCAGCCAUGUUACAUUAUGGACCAUUGUGUUUAUUUUUGCUUCUUUUUUUAUUAUUAAUUCAUGUCACGUGUGAAAUUUACGGACCAGUGAGUUUACGAUUGCUCUAGAUACCUUGUUUUAAGUUCUCUUCUGGUUUUGUAUUCCCUUAGUACUGACAUAGCUUAUUUUAAACUGCCAAUAAUUUAUAUGCAAGGUAUGCUACAACUUGUAGGUGUAAUGUUGCAAACGGAUGAGCCAAAAUGACUUCUGUUCAUAAUAAUAAUAUGUGUGCGACCACAGCUAAUUGCCAUAAUAUGAACUAAACAGAGUGGGAGGACGAGUUCACAAAGCUGGCUUUCUGUCAUAGCGGAGCCUUAUUCACGCACACGCGCACACACACACACACACACACACACACACACACACGAUAUAAGCUGAAGCGGUGAUAGUUAUAAGACAAGGUUUCCCAGGUCGUUGUUGUUUUCCUUUCAGAGCUCGGCCCCGGGCGGCGUAGAUUAACACCCCUGGCCCACUGCCAGCUGACUGGACAUAGAGAAAAGGGCUGAGCGCAGCACCUGUCAUUGUGAAGAGGCUCCCCUGCUGGGGAACCUGCGGUAUAGUGCAUAGGGGUGUGAAUCCACGCAUGAUUGUGUAGUAGUGCAAUAUUUGCGGAACACACCUGUACCACUCCAAAACCAAUCAGUCUGACUCAUUUCACUGCCGCUCCUCUCUCGAUCCAUAUCCAAAAGCCACACAGACUCAUUUCAAGUUUGAAUGAGGAUCGUUCAGAUUAAAUUGGUAUCCUUUUGUCACACCUUCAUAAAGAACUCAUUGCUGAAACACAGCCUUGCUGCGGGCUAGUCAUGUAGAAUGUGCUUUUAGUGUCUCGCUACAUUUUAGCUCCUAGCUGGCAGCACCGGGACCCCAGAUCGAGCUGAAGUCCCAGCCUUAGUCUUAAAGGACUCUCAGCUGGCUGGGAUCUGCUUUGUCUGCUUUUUUUUUUUUUAGCUCGCUUUGAACGAAACCUCCACCUGCAGCUUUUCAAACACCUUUAGCCCCGUAAACAGAACAAGAGAUGGCUUAGGACAUGUGAGGGACUAUAUUUCGCACAUUUUGACUCCUUAAAAAUCCCUUUAUUGUUGUGUUUGAGGUUUUAUCGUGAAGAUUUAGGUGGUCUUAAAAAGGAAAGUCCACCUAAAAUGAAAAUUCUGUCUUAAUUUGCUCACCCUCAUGUCAUUCCAAACCUGUAUGGAUUUCUUUCUGCUGUGGGACGUGAAAGAAGAUAUUUUGAAGAAUGUUGAUAACCAAACAGUUUCCAUUGACUUCCACUGUAUGGACAAAAUUGCAAUGGAAGUCAAUGGGAACUGAAAAUAUCUUCUUUCAUGUUUCACAGAAGAACGAAAGUCAUACAGCUUUGGAAAAAGAUGAGCUUGAGUAAAUGAUAGAAUAUUCAUUUUUGGGUGGACUAUUCUUUUAAUACCAUAUUUGAGGCAGCAAGGUAAGGACAGGAAUUUGCCUUGGUUAGAGAGAUGGAAUAUUGUAACAAAUAAACUGUGAUCUUGCAAAUUUUGUAAGUGCAUUUCCAUUGACUAUGUGCUGUAAAUUGACUGAAUUAGUGGGAGUUCUCAUAUCAGAUGAUGAGUUUAGGAAUAUGAACAUCAAAUGUGAAAAUAAUGCACAUGGGAAACAAGUAAGCUUGGUGGAUGCUGAAUGAAUUUAUAACGUAGCUCCGAUUGCUUCCUUCUGAAUGUCGAUUCAAGGGCUUAUUUGUCAACCUCAAGUGGUAUUUCAUGGUCAGAAAGAUGAUUGAUCACUGUUGAUCAAAUCCAAAAUGCUUCUCCAUCUGAAUAGGCCACAGUUCCCCAAAAAUCAAAGGUGCUUCUGGGUCAAAUGUUCUCUAUUUUUGCAUGUUUAAGUAAAUGUAUAUAGAUGUAGAUGCAUAGCUACAAGUGGUUAUUGUCCCAGUGAGCUCCAUAGUGACAGAAGAAAAAAAAAAACUAUUUUACUGAGCAGUUAAUAAAUGUCCCAUGAAAUAAGAGAAAAAAAGAAUGAACUUGGCGACUCUGAAGUGUUAAACUGAUCACAGAAAUUAAUAAAUAGCAUCCUCUGACAAUGAAAGCAAUCCUGUCACUUCAGCUUUUCUGCCCUCAGAGAGUUGGAGAAUGUAAUUAAGGGUUGAUAGCUGAUACAGUGGGUCCUUUUAGAUGCUAAUUAUCUUUAUGAAGUCCUCAGACAUGCUGCCACGUGUAGAGUGUGAUUUAGCCAAAGUGCUGUUUCCGAUGGACGAUGGCGAUCUAUGAUGUAACAACCUAUGAGUGGACGUGAUCUCUUAUGACUUUCUUUUAUUGUCUAUAUUCAUUGGAGACACUCUAGAAGAGUUUUUGAUCAAAUCCAAUGACAAAGAAGAGGAAAAACAUGUUAUUUAACAAUGAUACUGACUGUUACCCUGGAAAUGUCAGUAACCUGUGCCACAGUGAGCCUCUGCUUGGAUUCUCUUCAGUCAUUGGCUUUAUGUAACUCACCCUCAGUAGAGUCUUCUGUACAUUGUACAUCUGUAACCACCAAAUCAUUAUUAAACUCAUUUGUAUCCACUAUUGUGAAAAUCUGUAACUACUUCUAACACACAAAAAAAAAACAAUAUAGAGCUGUCUAAUAGACUACAACGAGCAAUAUUGCUUCUUAAGUAUUAAAGUUGCUUUAUUUUUUGCCUUUACAUGAUUAUUCUCCACCUGUUCCUGAAGUCAGUGUGAUAUGUUGAGUCCAUGAGUUGAAUGAAUGAAUCCACCCUCUUUUAGGUGGAUUGAUGACUGAACAAAAAAUAAAAAAUAAAAGACUGUACUCAGCA